CAUCCUCAUUCAGCCAAAUCACCGCAGUGCUGAAAGAGUGAGAGAGCUGAAGAGACGUGAGAGAGAGCUAGAAAGAGAGCGAGAGAACACGCGUGUGUGGUGUGUGUGUGUGUGUGUGUGUGUGUUAGUGUGUGAAAGAGCGAGUGAGGGUAGAGAGAGAAGAAAACUGCAAAAUCUGUCAAGGUUUCCAGGCGUUCGGUUAUUCCUCUCGACGCCUGUGCAGCGCUGACUCGGGUCGCGGUGCUGGAGGAUGAGUUCAUUUAGCACCAGGGCGCUGACGCUCCUGUCGUCCGUGUUUGGGGCGUGCGGGUUACUCCUGGUGGGUGUGGCUGUGUCGACCGACUACUGGCUGCUAAUGGAAGAAGGCAUUGUCCUGCAGCAGAACCAGACCACAGAGGUGAAGAUGGCUCUGCAUUCUGGACUCUGGAGGGUCUGUUUUGUAGCUGGGCCAGAGAAGGGGAGAUGUGUGGCAUCUGAAUACUUCACUGAGCCAGAAAUAGAGAUCACUACUGAGAACACAGCCAAUAUACUGAAAAUGGUCAGGACGGCUACCCCCUUCCCUAUGGUUUCACUACUCUUUGUCUUUACGGCCUUUGUCAUAAGCAACAUCGGCCACAUCCGUCCCCAGCGCACCAUCCUGGCCUUCGUCUCUGGAAUCUUCUUCAUCUUAUCAGGUUUGAGUUUGGUGGUCGGUCUGGUGCUGUAUAUCUCCAGUAUCAAUGAUGAAGUGAUGAACAGGCCUCGGGAGCCAGAGCAGUUCUUUCACUACCAUUACGGCUGGUCGUUUGCCUUUGCUGCCAGCUCCUUCCUGCUCAAAGAGGGUGCCGGGGUCAUGUCUGUCUAUCUCUUCAUGAAACGUUAUGCUGAGGAAGAGAUGUACCGACCCCACCCUGCGCUGUAUCGCCCUCGCCUGUCUGAAUGCAGCGACUACAGCGGCCAGUACCUCCACCCCGACUCGUGGCCUCCUCCUCAGCGCGGACGCAGCGGCUCCGAGGUGUCCAGCGACAUCUCCAUUCAGCUCAACCAGACCCCGCUGCCUCCUCCGCCAAAAAGCAGCGGGCCCUCAAAUCCGCCCUCUUCCUCGGGCCCCUCCUCAGGGGCCAGCUAUCAUCUCCCACCUGCCUCCACCUCCUCUUCCUCUUCCUAUCCUCACACCAUCCACUCCUCCCAUUCUGGCGGCCACGCCCCACAGUCCCUCCCAAUGGCCACACCCCCAUCCGCAGUCCCGCCCCCUCGCUACCACGCGCAUAUGCGUAUGAGCGCCUCCCCAUGUUAGAUUUCCUCCGUUUAAGGUGCUUAAACAACAGAAAUAUGGGCAUAACAUUAGAUAAGAGGAUGAAACUCCAGAGACUAUGGGAGCAAAAGGGUGCUAAGUUGAAAAGAAGUAGACGAGGAAGCACUUCACUUACAAUUCUGUGCCUGAAUGAAGUUAAACAGAUUCUAGAGCGAGAUUAAUAAGUGAGGGGAAUAGCAUUUACACUUAUAGAAAGAAUGUAAGCAGGAAAAAGAAAACAGGAAAAGGUACAAGUUGAGAACAGCUGUAUACAUAUUUAAAUUUGUAUGUAAAAUGUUUAAAUCUUAUUGCACACCAUAACAUUUUUCAUCACCUCAUAUAUCAUGAAGCACCAUGAGGCUAUUUAUAGCAUUUCUUGUUUAUACUAAAGCAAAAAGACACGAAUGUGCCCCAAAGGGGGCGGAUUUAUUUCAACAAACGAUUUCUGUACAUAAUGUAUCAAAAGCAGUAGCCAUCUAGUGUAGUCCAACAUACUUACCUACAUUUUAUCAUGUGGGCAAAGAAAACUUUAGGUGCAAGGGGGUUCGAUUUGUCCUUUACUAUCGAUUUGUAAUGUUUUUAGAUUUGUACAUCAGGGUAGACGUUCUACAAAGCUGGCCGAUGUUUCUUUACUGGGAUGUUGUACGCUUGGCCCCACGGCCCUCAAUAUGCCUUGUGUUUUCUUGUGCUCUCAUAUUCAAAAAAAUAAUGUUUUAGCAGUGGUAUAGCACGAUACAAAAAGGAAACGUUUGACGAUUUUAAACAUAUUAACCUAGAACGGAGGCUGACUCCUAUAUGAAUUCACUGUCACAGUCAUCAUCUUAAAAAUGCAGCCGUUACUUCUCGUUUAUUAUUGAUAUUGUUACUACUAUUAAUUGAAUUGUUUAUUAUACAAAAUCAAUUGUAAACCUAUGUAUAUGUGUUGAUGUUUUAGAGUACUAUGGGUUCAUGAAAAAUACUAGCAGUCAACAGUAUAAAACAAUGUGGUUUUGUUUUCCACCUUGAGAGCUGCUGGUAUAUUGCGCCAUCUACUGGUCAAGCUGUAUUAGUGCAUCUAAGGAGCACUGAAGUACCACAGGUUGUAUGAAAUCAGUAUUCGAUUCAUUGACUAAAAUGAGGCAGAUGACUCAGCACUUCCAUACCUGGUGCCUGCGGAUACUGCAUCGAUUGAGCAAUGCAGUAAAGACAAUUUGUACAGUAUGAUUAUUAUACCAAUAAAUCCGUCCCCUCUCCUAAUGCAUAAACAUUGACUCUUGUAGAAAAAAACCCUUAUUAAAUAUUAGCUAUUAGAUAUUAUUAGAACAAUCUGUUAUGCCCUUACCACCUAGUAUUUUAAUGCACAGAAGCUUGAGAUAUUUUCCAGAGUGUUAUAAUUGAUAGAGUUCAUUGUUGUAAAUAUUCUAAUCAUAAAUAGUUAUAAAAUACAAAUAGUUAUGAAGAACAGGACUGGCUCCUGCUGGAUAGUAAAGACAAACAUAGCGUAAUUUAUAUUAUAGCCAUACAAGUGAAAUAUGCAGAUUCAAAGGAUUUAGGGAAAAUGAAAAGAGCUUGAGGAAUGAUUUUUGAAUCCUAAUAUUUAUUCAAGCAUUGCUGAUGGUACAAAUUUAGUCUGCUUUUAAGUCUAAAAUGUGAAUAUCUGUUUAUGUUUCUUGUCUUUUACUAAUAAUUGCGUUAUAAUGAGCUUUCUGCUCUCACUGUUCCGGUUGACAUUUGUUGUUGUUGCGGUCUACGCUUAGGGUCUGGCUUAUAAAUAUGUAUGUACCAUUUUGCCUGACAUUUUUUUUCUUCGUAGCCUUUUUCUUUUUGCUUUUUCCCGGUGGGCUGUCCUUUGUCUUGAUUUGUCUCUCUCAAAGUUCCAUUAAGCUAAAGCUGCCUCACUCAUUUGGCUUGUCUUUUCCUCUUUUACACUUCAUUUCUCUCUCUUCCCUGUCUCAGCCUUCCUGUCUUUCGUUUUCUGUUUUCAGUUUUGCAUGCCUUUCAUUCCAUAAUGCCAAAGCAAUUGUGCCUGACUUAAGAUGAUGAUGACAGUUAUUAUUAUUAUUAUUAUUAUUAAAACUGUGGCAUUUCUUCUUUGUAAUCUGGAAUUUGCUUAAUAAAAAUUUUAAAAACUAGAAAAAAAAGCA